GGGUGGGAAGAUUUUUAUCUUAUCUUGUGAGGAGAUGGAUCUUUUAAUUUACUCUUCGAUAUUAUUCUGACAAGAGUAAAUUAUGGAUUUGGUCUCUGUAGUAUGUUGAUUUUCCUGGUUUUUGUUCCUAAACUUCAUUUAUUACAAUCAACUCUUGUGGUAUGCGUUUUGUUUUCGUUUUGGUUAAUGACCCCAGUGUCCGUCUAUCCUAUCCAUUAGGUAUGGGGGCUGACUUGUCAUUUUAUCAUUUCUCUUUCAAUUUAACAUAUUUUUUGCAAAGAAACCCUAAAUACUCUUUUCUCCUCCACGGGACCCCCUUGCCUGGACGGUGAAUUAUGUGGAUUAAGAGAGAAUCAUCGUUCCUCCAGCCACAAAACUGUAGAUCAAAAACCGUUCGUCCCAUAAUGACCUACUCCUAUCUGUCUAUAACGACCAGAAAAAUUAGCAUCAGGCACCAUCGUCAAUGGAGGAGAAUAGAUACAUUGGCGGGAUUGCUUUUGGGUGAUGUGGAAGGUGAAAUGAAAAGGGGAGUCGUCCUGGGAUUAGUCGGCUCGCAUAACGGGUUGGAUAUCCAGGUUAAUCAAAAAAAGGGAGGGGGUUGUUGACGGUGACGACAAGGAAAUUGACUAAUCACACUUAAAGGGUAAAAAUGACCAUAUUGCCCUCUCAUGUAAAGGGCACUUAAUGGAUGGAAAUUGACGACUAUUAGUGGGAGGUACUAAAAGGACGAAAUCAACAAAUGGCAGUGACCAAAGCCAUAACAUAUUCUUUUGAAAAAUUAACGAGAUUCUAGCAAAGCCAGAUUCAGAUUUUGUGGUGUGGAGAGAUAUAUGGUGGUAAAGAUACAUUCACCAUUCAACAACAUGUAACACCAUCCUCCCAAUUCACAACCUCGUAUAACAACCCUUCCUCUUAUGGAACCCCUUUUGGCAACCUUUGGCCAAGCCAAAGGUGGUUUUCCUAAACCCUUUCAAAAUGCAAAAAGCCUUAGGCUUCCUUCUUUUCAUCUUCUCCUUUUCAUCGUUUUCCAUUGCCUUAACAAAGGUUCAGGUCGAUACUGUUAGCCGUCGACGGCUAAUAUCUUUAAGACAAACCGACCCUCUACCUGAUGAUUUCAAACUCGAGGUCGAUCCCAACUUGAUAUUUCCCAAUCCUAGGCUUAAGAAGGCUUAUUGUGCCUUCCAAGAAUGGAAGAAGGUCAUCUACUCGGAUCCACAAAACGUCACCGGGGAUUGGGUAGGUCCAGAUGUCUGUUCUUACACCGGGGUUUUCUGUUCCCAUGCUCUUGAUGACCCAAAAACCGAGACCGUUUUUUCGAUUGAUCUUAAUUUUGGAGACAUUGCUGGACAUCUUGUUCCUCAGCUUGGCUUGUUAACCGACCUUGGCAUCCUCCAUAUUCAUUCUAACAGGUUCUAUGGAAUCUUUCCCAAGAGCUUCUCAAAUCUUAUGCUCUUGUUUGAACUUGAUGCCAGUGAUAACCGUUUCGUUGGUCCCUUUCCUAGUGUUAUCUUGGGGAUCCCUUCUUUGAAGUUUCUUGAUAUUAGAUAUAAUGAAUUCGAAGGCGCAUUGCCUCCUGAACUCUUUGAUAAAGAACUUGAUGCCAUUGUUGUAAACAACAAUCGCUUCCAUUCCCGUCUUCCAGAAAACAUGGGGAAUUCGCCUGCUUCCAUGCUCGUUUUAUCUAAUAACAAGUUUAGUGGGUGCAUACCCAAAAGCUUUGGACACAUGCCGUAUUUAGAACAGGGUCUUUUAUCCAACAAUCUUCUCGCCGGUUGCCUGCCGGAGGAGGUGGGGAUGCUGCAGGGCAUGACGCUCUUCGAUGUGAGUAACAACAUGAUUGUUGGUCCCCUUCCUAAAAGUUUGGAGAGGUUGAAGAUGGUCCAGGAGUUUGACAUUUCUUUCAACUUAUUGACUGGGAAGGUGUUGGAGAGCAUUUGCAGUUUGCCGUCGCUAUCGAAUUUUACCAUCUCUAACAACUACUUCAAUGAGAUUGGCGCAGAAUGUGAAAAGCUUUCUGAGCAAGACAAGCCUGUUUUGGAUAUUAAAGACAAUUGCUUUCCCUCGAAACCAAAUCAAAAAUCCGAUAAGAUCUGUUUGCCGAUGCUCAGCCGUGCGGUUGAUUGCAAGACUGUGGGUUGUGGACCACGAUAUAGUCCUACUAUUGUUGUACCUAGAAACCGGAACAUACGAAGACGUAAGCCGAAACCACCACCACCAUCACCACCACCACCGGUUACUCCACCCACACGCAAAAAGGCUCCGCCUAAGCCAACGACUGUUCCACAACCACCAAAGGUUACUCCACCAACACCUAAACCAUCAACCGUUCAACAACUACCAAAGACACCAGUUCCGGCUCCACCACCACCUCUCCAGUUCCCACCUCCACCGCCACCUGUUCUACCACCUCCUGCAGCAGUUCUAUCACUUCCACCCCACAUGGGUCCCCGUCAUUCAUAACCACCGCCACCAGUGUUCCAAGGAUAUUAGAUAUUAAACCACUAGAACACUUCUUUAUGUUAGUAACCUUUUUUGGUAGAAAAGAACCCUUUGUAGACUAACUUGUAUUGAAUUACUAAUGAGAAAAGAUUUACAUUUCAUUCAUCUCUUUUCUGUAUAAUUAAGUCAUGCCUGCUUUUUUAUAAUCAUCACUUCUACGUGUAAAACCAAACCAAACAAAUCCAGUAUAUUUCAUUCAAAAGUAGAGUGUGUAUCAUUUGGUCGCUGUUAAGAUUUCAUACAUCAUAAUUUGCAUACAAGAGUUACUCAAGAGCUGCUUGAAUCAUCUCCACUAUGCGUCCCAUCGAAGGCCGUUGCUUCGGAUCAGACGAGAGGCAAUGCCCUGCGAUAAUGAUCAUAAGCGAAACAUUUUCAGUGACAUCCGACAUUCUUUUAUCAGGAACCCCCUUCGGCCCCUCUCUCUUUCUUUUCUCCGCUACAUAUUGUCCCAGGUUAGUCACCGAAGGUUUCUUCCCGCUUAUAAGCUCCAACAUCAGAAUCCCAAAACUGUAGACAUCUGACGCUUGAGUAAAAGACUUGGAGAUACGGCGUGUCCUUGUUAAUUCGGGCGCCAUUCGGCCGCAGUUUCUUCUGAUGAUUGUAGAUGGAGAGAUAAAGUAUGGUGUCUCGUAGCUGGAAAGGCGAGGGGAGAAGUCGGCUUGUAGCAGGAAGUUAGAAGACUUGAUCACCCCACAAACAAGAGGUUCACCGGUUUCUGUAAAUCGACUGUGAAUCGAUGCUACUGCUUUUGCUGCCCCUAGCGUUAUUUGCUGCCUGAUUUUCCAACUUAAGGGCGUAAAUUGAACGCCUUCGCUGCCUGCAUUUAUGAAAUCAUUCAAGAAUUAGCGUUCCCAUAAAGAUGAAGCCUUACAUGUCAUAGUAUCAACAAACUAACUGAAAAUUCAUCAAAUCGGUCAUAGUUUAUUUGAUGGUAUUUGCUUAUCCACUAUAGUUUCUAGGAAUACCACAUCUCAGAUGUCGUAACAAUGUUGUGAAAAUGUGGAACCCAUUAGAUUACUCUCCCUCCAACGGAGGCCAAACGGUCACAUAUUUUGCCAAGAGUGUGGAAAGGGGGCUAGAAAAAUAUAAAUUGCCUCGGAAUGUCGAGUUGCUAGAGUGGUAGACCGUGGCUCUGAUACUAUAUGAGAAUAUUCGGAAAGGAGGUAAAACUAAGAGAGCUUUAUUUACCAUGCAAGAGCUCCUCCAAGCUGCCUAAACACAAGUACUCAUGAAUAACAAAAGCUUCCCGACCAUACCAAAAACCAAACCACAUCGGCAACAACCAAUGGUCGUCACAAACACCACCAAAAAACCUGACCCAAUACUCGAAAUCACCCACACUAGUAAUCUCUUUACGUAUUCUCCUUAUCGUAAUCGUCAAUCCGCAAUCAAGGACGACCUUGUAAAGCGUCCCUAACGAUCCCUCUCCGAGCCUGUUCUUAGGCAACUGAACAAGCUCGGAGGGAUCAAAUCUUCGAAGGGUCUGAUCAUCUCCAAAGAUGACCCGGGUGGGAAGUCUGACCUUGACCUCUAACGAAAUCGGGGUCGGGUUGGUGACUUUGGUGUUGGUGGAUUUGGCUACUUUGGUUGAAAUAAAGGUUAUGGCUCUAUAGAGUCCACAGAGGAUGAACAUUAUGAGGAUAAAGAAGAAUUGCCAUGAAUGAUGAAGCUUGUUCAUAGUUAGAAAUGGAGUGAAAUAAAAUGGGCAUUGUUUAGAGAUUUAAAAAUAAGUUAUUGGUUGAUGAUGGAUUUAAUGGUCAUAGAUGUUUUCACCUGAAUCUUUGGAAUCAUCCUGUAAAGUUGGUACAUAGACAAGGCUUCCACAUUGAAUUUUACCCAAGAAUCAAUGUAUAAAAGUUGUAUUUCUUUUUUUAAUUACAUAUAAGCCAAAAUAACUAAAAAUGUAAUUAUGGAGCUGUUUAUUAAAUGUUUAUUAGGUAAGUAUUUACUGAUAAUAAUCACCAUCAUCAUUUAUCUUAAUGGUAACAUUCUCGACCAUCAAAAUUGAUUGUUGGUAAACAUCUUUUACCCGACGAUUCAGCAUAAGAAACAAAAGUUGUAUAAAAUUGAUGAAUUAGAAUAUUUGAGGUGUGA